AGUGUUUUUUUCAUUUCAUUUCAUCACCAAAAAUUAACACACAGUUUAGACUUUGUACUAUUUUUCUCUCUUCCACAUGUCAUCACUCAUCAUUCAUUCACUCACUCUCUCACUCAAUGUAGUGAGAGAAACAAAGAAAGAAAAGGAGAGAGAGAGAGAGAGAGAAUCCAAUUCCUUUUCUCGUGAAAGAGAGAGAAACAGAUAAUCCCAGUUGUUUUCUGAUGUAAUUAAAACAAAAAUCAGAAUGAAAAUUAUGUUACAAAUUGGAAAAAUUGAAACUUUAUAAAAAAGGGUGUGCUCUAAAAGAAAAAAAAAAUAAGUUUUUUUUUAAGAGAAAAAGAAAGAAUCUUUGGACCCUUUCUCUCUCUCUCUCUUUCCACUGGUGUCUCUAACUUCAAGGAACUCAACCUGAAUCGAACAAGAAGCAUUAAGUGAUUUGAGUUGAAAAAGUUGUUACCUUUACACACACAAAAAAAAUGGUUUCAAGGUCUUACUCAAACUUACUAGAUCUCGCUUCUGGUGACUCACUGAGUUUUGGCCGAGAGAGAAGGAGGUUGCCUAGAGUGGCAACAGUGGCCGGAGUUUUAUCAGAAUACGAUGAUGACAACAGCAACAGUGUCAACUCAGAUGCUCCCUCAUCAGUUGCCCAAGAGAGAAUGAUCAUUGUUGGAAACCAGCUUCCACUUAGAGUGAACAAAAAUGAAAAUGGUGAAUGGGAUUUCAGUUGGGAUGAAGACUCACUCCUUCUACAGCUUAAAGAUGGUUUAGGAGAAGAUUUUGAAGUGAUCUAUAUAGGUUGUCUUAAAGAAGAAAUUGACCCAAUUGAUCAAGAUGACAUAGCUCAAACUUUACUUGAGAAAUUCAAGUGUGUUCCAGCUUUUAUCCCAACUGAUCUUUUCAGCAAAUUUUAUCAUGGUUUUUGUAAACAACACUUGUGGCCUUUGUUUCAUUACAUGCUUCCUUUGUCACCUGAUUUGGGUGGAAGGUUUGAUAGGUCAUUAUGGCAAGCUUAUUUAUCUGUUAACAAGAUUUUUGCUGAUAAAGUUAUGGAAGUGAUUAGCCCAGAUGAUGAUUAUGUUUGGGUUCAUGAUUACCAUUUAAUGGUUCUCCCAACUUUUUUGAGGAAAAGGUUUAAUAGAGUUAAACUUGGGUUUUUCCUUCAUAGUCCUUUUCCUUCUUCUGAAAUUUACAGGACACUUCCUGUUAGAGAAGAGCUUUUGAGAGCUCUUUUGAAUGCUGAUCUUAUUGGGUUUCAUACUUUUGAUUAUGCAAGGCAUUUUCUUUCUUGUUGUAGUAGAAUGUUAGGUGUUUCUUAUCAAUCUAAGAGAGGUUAUAUUGGUCUUGAGUAUUAUGGUAGAACUGUAAGCAUUAAGAUUCUUCCUGUUGGGAUACAUAUUCGCCAACUAGAACUUGUUUUGAAUCUUCCUGAGACUGAAUUGAAGGUUGCAGAGUUGCAAUCUCGAUUUCGGGGUCAAACUGUGUUGCUUGGUGUUGAUGACAUGGAUAUCUUUAAGGGAAUUAGCUUAAAGCUUUUGGCUAUGGAACAAUUGCUUCUCCAACAUCCUGAUAAAAGGGGUAGUGUUGUUUUGGUUCAAAUCGCCAACCCUGCUAGAGGCCGAGGAAAAGAUGUGCAGGAGGUUCAAUCUGAAACUUAUGCAACUGUGUCUAGGAUCAACAAGACAUUUGGAAAACCGGGUUAUGAUCCCGUUGUUUUGAUCGAUUCCCCGCUUCAGUUUUUCGAGAGAAUCGCUUAUUAUGUGAUCGCCGAAUGCUGUCUUGUUACAGCAGUUAGGGAUGGAAUGAACCUUAUACCUUAUGAGUACAUAAUAUGCAGACAAGGGAACACAAAACUUGAUAAAACCUUAGGACUUGAUCAAACAACUCCUAAGAAGAGUAUGCUUGUUGUGUCUGAGUUCAUUGGUUGCUCCCCGUCCCUUAGUGGGGCAAUUCGAGUUAAUCCAUGGAAUGUUGAUGCUGUGGCUGAAGCAAUGGAAUCUGCAUUGAUCUAUUCUGAUUCUGAGAAACAGAUGAGGCAUGAGAAGCAUUAUAAGUAUGUGAUCACACAUGAUGUUGCUUAUUGGGCGAAAAGCUUUUUACAAGAUCUCGAACGCACUUGUAGAGAUCAUGUGAGGAGAAGGUGUUGGGGCAUUGGUUUCGGUUUGGGGUUCAGGGUGAUUGCCUUGGAUCCAAAUUUCAGAAAGCUUGGUGUUGAGCAUAUUGUUUCGGCUUAUAAGAGAACUAAGAACCGAGCAAUCUUGUUGGAUUAUGAUGGUGCUUUGAUGAUGUCGAGUUCAAUUAGUGCAACUCCUAACAGUGAAGCUGUUGAAAUAUUGGACAGUUUGUGCAAAGACCCCAAAAAUAUUGUUUUUCUUGUUAGUGGGAAAGACAGGAACACAUUAGUUGAAUGGUUUUCUUCAUGUGAAAAGCUUGGUAUUGCAGCUGAACAUGGUUAUUUUCUGAGGACAAAUGAUGAUGAUGAUUGGGAUACUUGUGUGUCAAUUCCAGACUUUGAUUGGAAGCAAAUUGCUGAGCCAGUGAUGCAGCUUUACGCCGAAACAACUGAUGGUUCUAGCAUAGAGGCGAAAGAGAGUGCUCUGGUGUGGAAUUACCAGCAUGCCGAUCCUGAUUUCGGGUCAUGCCAAGCCAAGGAGCUUCUUGAUCACUUAGAAAGUGUUCUUGCCAAUGAGCCAGUUUCUGUGAAAAGUGGUCCACACAUUGUGGAAGUUAAACCUCAGGGUGUCAACAAGGGUCUCAUAGCAGAGCGUCUCCUUUCAACAAUGAAACAGAAAUCGAUUCUUCCAGAUUUUGUACUCUGCAUUGGGGAUGAUAGGUCAGAUGAGGACAUGUUCGAGGUGAUAAUGAGCGCGAAGGACUCUCUCUCCCCAGUAGCCGAGGUGUUUGCUUGCACUGUUGGCCAAAAACCGAGCAAGGCUAAAUACUACUUGGAAGACACAACCGAGAUUCUUAGAAUGCUGCUCGGCCUUGCCACUGCAUCAGAGCAAGAGGCAGCUAGAAACGCCGUCCAAUCUUCUUUUCAUCGGUUGGCUAUUGGAGACAAGUAAAUAGGCAACUCUGUUUCUCUUCCUGAGACGAAAUACUAGCUAGUUUCCUUAAAUCAUUGGCAACUUUCAAUUUUAUGGAUGUCUUAAGAUCAAAAUUUGAUACAAAAAGAAGUUGUAUUGUUGAUGGUGUCUUUUGGUGAUUCUACAUUAUAUAGUGAAGAAAAAUGACCAUAUUCUUAGCUUUACAACAAGAGGUCUCAAAUCAAUUUGAGAGUUGUAAAUGAAUUAUGAAAACACAAAGUACCAUAAACAUUUAUAAUCUUUCAAAACUUGCAAGAACAUAGAUAUGUUUAAAAAGCUUUUAUCAUUGAUUAUGAAAUGAUUUCUUGGUUAGCAAGAAAACAAGUUGCCUAAAUAUGUUGUGUGUAGUUUGUAUGUAAGAUCUAUUUGAAUGUUUGGUACAUUUGCUUUUUUUUUUUUUGAACUAUAAUGUAAAAAUAUAUAUACAUGUAAAAAAAGUCUUGUAUUUGUUAUC